UCUGUUAACCUUUGUGUACAUUUGCGGUUUUAGCAGAGGAUAAAAGUCCAGCUCGAGUGUGCUCAUCUCCAUUUUUGCUGUUCGUUGCAUUGACAUAAAACCAAAACAUGAAGGCUUAUCUGCUCCUGCUUCUACUGAUACCUCUCUGCUCAGCUGAGCAGUUUUACAUCGAGUGUUAUGGUCAGGACUUCUUGAUGGUCAACAACCAGCUGCUGCAGUGCACCGGCAAAGUCCAACAAGCUUGUUACACCAGAG